AUGAAUAGUUUAAAAAAGUAUCCUUUGAAAGUGAUUGUAAUAGGUGAGUCGGGUGCCGGAAAAACAUCGCUUGUAAGGCAGUACGUGGAGCAACGCUUCAGCAUAAGAGAAAAGAACACAAUCGGAGUCAACCUUAGUACAAAACGGGUGCGGUUCGACGAUCGCGAGGUCACACUCCAGAUCUGGGACACUGCGGGUCAGGAACGCUUUUCAUGUCUCAGUAGCUACUUCUACCGCGGGGUCGACUGCUGUGUACUCGUUUUCGAUAUUACGGAUUUUGCCUCCUUCAUAGCACUAGACAGGUGGCGCGACGAGUUUCUUAUACAAGCCAAUCUUAGCGAUCCUGCGAAUUUCCCCUUUAUGGUUCUGGGAAACAAGGUAGAUCUUGGCAACAGCCAUGUGUCUCAUAGUUUUGUGAAUGAAUGGUGCCAACGGAAUAAUAAUAUGACCUACUUUGAAACGUCUGCUAAGGAAGGCACGAACUUGGAUUUGGCAUUUAAGACUUUAUCUCUGAAGGCUCUAAACCUCGAACCAGAAGUGGUACCUUAG